AGUCUUGAUGACAGCUUCUACUUUGAGACCUUCGUUACCACUCCCUUGGUCGGUUUGCCACCACAGUUGAAGCUAUGUUAUCGCAUUCCCGAUGUCUUUCCCGGACACUUGGGCGUUCUCUGUCUGCGUUAAGUCAGGGAAAGUAUGUGCUGGCUGGAAGGACUGCUUCAGGCCUAUCCGCUGGCAACAGGGUUGUCUACAGGAACAGUCAGUCUAGAUUUGAAUCUCUGUCAUCAGUUGGUGUCUUCCACAUCAGAUACUUCAAGACGUCUGCAGCACACAGGGAUGAAGUUGUCACCGUCAACACCCCUCCGUUCUCUGAGUCGAUCACAGAAGGGGACGUCAGGUGGGAGAAAGCUGUUGGAGAUUCAGUGAAAGAGGACGAGGUGGUGUGUGAGAUCGAGACUGACAAGACCUCGUUGCAGGUGCCGUCUCCGGCGGCCGGUGUGAUCACGGAGCUGCUUGUGCCAGACGGAGGGAGGGUGGAGGCCGGGAAUCCCCUCUUCAAACUCCAAAAAGGAGCUGCAGCAGCCGCUUCUGUCCCGGCGGCAGAGGCCCCUGCAGCAGCCGCUGCUCCAACCCCGGCUGCCAUCCCCGUCGCCAUGCCCGCGGUGCCUCCCGUGCCAACGCAAGCAGCCCAAGCCAAACCUGUUUCUGCAGUCAAGCCCAGCGCAGCACGAGCAGAACCAGCAGCAGUAGCCCAUGGGGCCAGGACAGAGAGCAGGGUCAAGAUGAAUCGUAUGAGGCUGAGGAUCGCUCAGAGGCUAAAAGAGGCUCAGCAGACCUGUGCCAUGCUCACCACCUUCAACGAGAUAGACAUGAGCAACAUCCAGGAGAUGAGGAAGCUCCAUAAAGAUGCUUUCCUGAAACGACACAACAUCAAGCUGGGUUUCAUGUCAGCCUUCGUUAAGGCUUCAGCACACGCUCUCAUGGACCAGCCUUCUGUCAAUGGAGUGAUUGAUGAUACAACCAAGGAGAUCGUGUACAGGGAUUAUGUUGACAUCAGUGUGGCUGUGGCCACUCCCAAGGGACUGGUUGUACCGGUUAUUCGCAACGUAGAGACCAUGAACUUUGCUGACAUUGAGAAAACCAUCAACGGUCUGGGAGAGAAGGCUCGUAAUAAUUUGCUGGCUGUGGAGGACAUGGACGGAGGUACCUUCACCAUCAGUAACGGGGGAGUGUUCGGUUCCAUGUUCGGCACGCCCAUCAUCAACCCACCCCAGUCUGCCAUCCUGGGCAUGCACGGUAUCUUCGACAGGCCUGUGGCCAUCGGCGGCAAGGUGGAGAUCCGGCCCAUGAUGUACGUGGCUCUGACAUACGACCAUCGGCUGGUCGACGGCAGAGAGGCAGUCACCUUCCUGCGUAAGAUCAAGUCAGUGGUGGAAGACCCCCGCGUUCUUCUGCUCGACAUGUGAUCCCAACGUCCCAUCACUACAGCAGGGCCACGUUCAGUACACAGCGCUGUUGCCUGACAUUACAGAGGGGUAUGCUAUAACGCAGAAUCAGAGUUAGCCAGCUAACUUUGAUCAACAAGCAGCAAUAACUGGUUGUUGAUCUGGUUACAUUUAAGAAAGCUCAACUUAGAUUUGCCUUUUUUUGGUUGUUCGGUCAAUUUUGACCAUGCUCAUUUCAAGGUUAUCUUUCCCCCCAAAAAAUGUAAAAAGUUAUUUCAGAAUAUUUAGGCAAUUUAGCUGGCUCUCGUUGACCCUGCUUUGUAGUAUACCCCUCAGAUAGCAGUGUUGUGAAUAGAGAGGACUUGAUUCCUUCUUAUACCCUUCGAGAGGGAUGUUGUUUCAACAUAAUGCUCCAAAACGUUGUGCCCUGCUGAACGCACCCCAAAGCUAUUUAAACAUCACUCAGCCUCUGUAUAAAACCAACCCCCCCCCCCCCAAAAAACACAAGCGACAGCCAAAUCUUAUGUACUGCUUUUGGUUAAAGAGAGAGAGCCUGAGUCCCUGAUCUGGUUGUGGUGUUUUGUCAAGAAAGGACAAAACGGAUAUAUGGGAAUCACACAAAUAGAGAAUUUAAUGUUGAGAUUAUUCACUUUAUUAUUGGGUGGGUAUCAUUCUGCAGCUUUUGCUCAGAUUGACAUGUCAGAUUGAUUCAACAGUUGGUCAACAUCAUACAGUGUUACCACUGACUCUCUGAUGAACCUACCUGGUCUGAUCCGACUCAAUAUUAGACUGACUCUGAUGAACCUACCAGGUCUGAUCCAUCUCAAUAUUAGACUGACUCUGAUGAACCUACCAGGUCUGAUCCGUCUCAAUAUUAGACUGACUCUCUGAUGAACCUACCAGGUCUGAUCAGUCUCAAUAUUAGACUGACUCUGAUGAACCUACCAGGUCUGAUCCAUCUCAAUAUUAGACUGACUCUGAUGAACCUACCAGGUCUGAUCAGUCUCAAUAUUAGACUGACUCUGAUGAACCUACCAGGUCGGAUCCGUCUCAAUAUUAGACUGACUCUCUGAUGAACCUACCAGGUCUGAUCCGUCUCAAUAUUAGACUGACUCUGAUGAACCUACCAGGUCGGAUCCGUCUCAAUAUUAGACUGACUCUGAUGAAUCUACCAGGUCUGAUCCGUCUCAAUAUCAGACUGCCUCUGAUGAAUCUACCAGGUCGGAUCAGUCUCAAUAUUAGACUGACUCUCUGAUGAACCUACCAGGUCUGAUCCAUCUCAAUAUCAGACUGACUCUGAUGAACCUACCAGGUCAUUUUAUUGAUGAAUAAACUCUGAUGAACCUACCUACCAUUUUAUUGGACAGUGUACUGUACCACGUGUAUCCAGUACAUACGACUAAUAGAAGUGAACUUGGAAAAGAAACGGACACAUUUAUUUUUCUUCAAAGCAUCAUGAAUUUUGUGUACCUUUUUUUUUUUUUUUUUUACACCGAGAUUUUCCAUCGCGCUGUACAUGUAAAUCUAUCCAUGCUAGUGAUUUAAAGCCAAUACGUGUUUUUAUAACGCUACCCUAAAGAAAUGUUCAGUUGGACAAGAUGAAGUCCAUUCUGAAGCUCCUGUGCUGUUUUGACUGUCCCAUGUCCUGGUUCUGUGUUUUGACAGAGCUAUUCAUGGGGAUACAGAAGCCUGUCUCCCCUGUAUGUCUAGUCUCUUGGCUUCCUACUGUUGCAGUAACUUCUGCUUAUUUUGGGGUGACUGUCCACUGAGCAGCAUUGGAAGUGAUUUGGAAUCUCAUGGAAACUACCACACACAUUGGGGUUUGUGUCCAUAAUGGCAUCCUAUUUCAUUUAUAUAGUGCACUACAAAAGUAGAGCACUAUAUAUGUAUUAGGGUGCCAUUUCAGAUACAGAUAAUUGUCUUUGAGGUUUUGGUAGAGAAGGGAGUAACCACUUUCCGUCGUCUCUCUAAGAUGUACUUCUGUCUGUCCAUGAGAAGGCACCAUGCUAUAGAAAACCCGGACGCCAGUUUUGUUCAGGACUUACACAACAUCGUUUUUGGGAGUAGUUUUCAAGAAGCACAAUUUAGCAGCAUGCACGAUGUAUUUCUCAUGAUCAACUCUUCUUUGUUGAACCCACCCAGGUAAAGAGAUGUCUUUCUGUGCUGCGUACAAUGCUUAGUAACUAUUUAAAAACGACUAUUGUAGGUAGUAACGCCACGUAAUAUAGAAUUUAUAAUGGAUUAGUAAAUAGUUUAUUAAUCAUUACUCCAUUCAUAAGAUGUUUAAUAUAGGUCAUUUAUUUAACCAUUUAGUUAAGUCAUUAGUUAAAAGUAUUUUUUUUGCUUGACCUCAUCUAAAGUGUGGGUUAUUUAUAUUUUAUAAGUAUGUAUUAUUUUGUGAGGGUGGAGAAUUUGCAAACCCGGAACUCCCAGAACUAAAUCCACCCCACUGAGAAAAUGAUGCAAAGUUUCAGUUCUGGGUUAAUUGAGAGAAGACUGCUCUAAGGCAUGACUGCAAACCACACUUUGCUUUUGGUAGAAAGGUCACUGCCAAGAAACGCUCAUGUUCAAAUUCUCAUCGGUGUUGUGGGCUUAUUGUUUAACCGUUGAUAUGUUCGAGGGGCCAUUUUGAGACCUUAAGGAGCAUCGGGUAUUACUGGAAUGUCUACCAAUGGCAUGUCCAUCUGUUUGGUGAGAAAUUACACUGGUCACUCAAAACAUUUUUAUAAAUGAUUUAUAAAGUAUAAAUAGCCAACUUUUAGAUUAGGUCAUGCAAAAAUACUUUACUAAUGAUUAGUAGAUGGUUUAGAAGGACUUAUAUUGAACAUCUUAGAAAACAUUAAAUACUUUAAAAGUUGUUUUAUAAAUGUGUGAAUAACUAGGUUACUAACAUUUUUUACAAAUGUGAGUAAUGAUGAAUAAAUUAUUUACUAAUCCGUUAUAAAAUGCUUUUAUGUAGAGUUAUUAUGAAGUGCUACCCAACAUUAAAACAUCUUAGUUUUCAUUUA